GAAAAUAUUUGCGUUUUUCUAUACUUUUCAAUGGAUUUACAGAUUUAUUAAUGAAUUAAAGUUUCAAUCAUUUAAUGACAUAUUUUUAUAUUUGAUUUUAAUUUGAUUACAAAAAUGACAACAAUUUGAAUGUGAAGUCGAUAUGAAAAGUGGAAAUAGUGUUGAGUUUUGUGUGAAAGCAUUGGUUUUGUGUUUGUCUUCCAUUGGAGGCGUAUUUUGCACUCAGGUGAACGUCUGGAGCGAUGGUCCGGGAGUUCUGGACAUUCCGAUGACAAUGAAUGCCCGACUGAGUGGCCAAAUGCCGAUCGAAGUGAACCAAUUCGUGUAUGUCUUCGAAGACAUCGGUUUGUCUCCAAGACAUCGAUACGAGACAAUCAGUGGCCGCGAAACCAAUUACACUGUCGUCUAUCAGUCCAACGAAACCAUUAGCGGAACCUAUACUAUGAUAGUACAGGUCUUUGUCUACAUCUGGGGCUUCAAGGGUUGNUCUUCCAGACGUUUCAAAUGCUUUUCUCGUUAA